AUGUCAGAUACAUUGACUAUUGAUCAAAUAAGAUCUAAAUUGAGAGCAGGAGAACUAUUUUUAAAAGAGAAGCAAGGAGGAAGAAGUGAUGUUUGGGUAUUCGGCGGGUAUUCGGCAGAUGAUUUUCCGAAUGUUGAACUUAUUAUUGUUAUUAUUGACUGA